CAAACCUUCCCAGCGCCUGUGCACUGGCCCUCCUCCUGGGUGUGCCUGUCCUCCGCCAACUUCUUCAGCCCAGACCCUGCUGGGGUGCUGGGGGAGAUGUCCGCUUCUCCCACUGCCUGCCUGGCCAGGCCAGCUGGCUCCGAGACCCCCCGGGCCGGCUCUCUGCCUGACCAGAGGGACCCUCGGGACACCUGGAGCAAAAAGGUGGAUUUCCUUCUAUCUGUAAUAGGAUUCGCCGUGGAUCUGGGCAACGUCUGGCGCUUUCCCUACGUCUGCUACCAGAAUGGUGGGGGAGCCUUCCUCAUCCCCUACGUGCUGAUGGCCAUCUUCGGAGGGGUGCCCCUUUUCUACAUGGAGCUGGCCCUUGGGCAGUUCCACCGGGUUGGAGCCAUACCCAUCUGGAAGAACAUCUGCCCCAUCUUUAAAGGCAUCGGUUUCGCCAUCUGCGUGAUCAACCUGUACGUGGCCUUCUACUACAACACCAUCAUCGCUUGGGCCCUCUUCUACUUCUGCUCCUCCUUUGCCCCCACCCUGCCCUGGGCCAGCUGCAGCAACCCCUGGAACACCCCCAGCUGCCUCAGCUACUUCGAUGCCGGCAACGUGUCCUGGACCAACCUCUCCAAGUCCCCCGCCGAGGAGUUUUACAUGAGGCACGUCCUGCAGGUGCAGAAUUCGCACGGGCUCUCCGAUUUGGGCGAGAUCCGUUGGCAGCUGCUGCUCUGCCUCUUCCUUAUCUUCACCAUCGUCUACUUCAGCCUUUGGAAGGGGGUCAAGACCUCCGGGAAGGUGGUUUGGGUGACAGCCACCCUGCCCUACAUCGUCCUGCUCAUCCUGCUGAUCCGUGGGGCAACCCUCCCAGGGGCCUGGAGAGGGAUUGUCUUUUACCUGCGACCCGACUGGCAGAAGCUGAGGAGCGUGGCUGUGUGGGUGGAUGCAACUGCCCAGAUCUUCUUCUCCCUGGGCCCAGGAUUUGGAGUCCUCCUUGCCUUGGCCAGCUACAACCCAUUCAACAACAACUGUUACCGAGACGCCGUCCUGACCAGCCUGGUCAACUGCUUCACCAGCUUCCUCUCGGGAUUCGUCAUUUUCACCGUCCUGGGCUACAUGGCCGAAAUGCGGCACAUGGAAGUUGCAGACGUUGCGAAGGACCAAGGGCCCAGUCUCCUCUUCAUCACUUACCCGGAAGCCCUGGCCAACAUGACCGGAUCCUCUUUCUUUGCCAUCCUCUUCUUCCUCAUGAUGAUCACGCUGGGACUGGACAGCACGUUUGGGGGCCUGGAAGCCGUGAUCACUGCCCUGAUGGACGAGUAUCCCCAAGUGCUGGGCAAGCAUCGUCAGCUGUUUGUGCUGGGACUCAGCGCCGUCUGCUUCUUGGGCUCCCUGGCCACACUGACCAAUGGAGGUCCCUACAUCGUGAAACUCCUGGAAGAGUUUGGGGCUGGUUACUCCAUCUUAGCUGUGGUGUUCCUGGAAGCCAUUGCCGUCUCCUGGUUCUACGGAAUGCAGCAGUUCUGCAGCGACGUGAAGGCCAUGCUGGGCUUUGGGCCGGGACUGUACUGGCAAGUGUGCUGGAGAGUGGUCAGUCCGGCCACCUUAGCGUUCAUUCUCAUCAGCUCCCUCCUGGACCAGCCCCCCCUUGUGCUGUUUGACUACGAGUAUCCCGCGUGGAGCAUCAGGCUGGGACACCUGAUCGGGGCCUCCUCCUUCCUCUGCAUUCCCAGCUACAUGGUCUACAAGCUGGUCUGGACCCCCGGAUCUCUGAAGCAGCGCCUGGCCCUGUGUUUUCGGCCAGAGAUUACCCGGAAGCUGUCCCUGGAGAUGGUGGACGUGCCAGCCCCCCUUUAAUUUUUGAUGGAGAGCUACCCCCAAAACACAGGCUGUUCUUUGCUGAGCGCCCCAAAAGAACACCUGGUUCCAGGCAACAACCAAGCACAGUUGGAUGGGCUGGCCGCCUCCCAAGUCAACUCUCCAGCACCCGCUUUUCCUGGAAUUGCUGUCUCCUCCCCCCUCCUCCAUGUCUCCUGGGCACAGCAGGGCUUUUGGUCCAUGGCAGGUGGCUCCGAGGGCCUUAAUCUUCCUACUGUCGAUUGUUGGGGAGGGGGCCGCUUCCGCGAUGGCCUCUGCUCUGCAGACAUUUCCACCCGAGGCAGAGUGGCCUCUUUCCCAGGAGGCGCCCCCGAAGCCCGGGAAGCUCCCUCCCUCCGCCUGCUCUGCCCACCCCUCAUGGCUGUCACCCUACCUGCUGCUGCUGUGCUCCCCCCCCAGUGGGCUGGAUGAGAUUGGGGGGGCGGCAACUUGCUCGACUGGACCUUCUUAACCGAGUGAAGGACCGCGCCCGCCCCCCUUCGGUCUGAUGCAAAACGGGUCCUGGGCUGCAAAGCGUUGCGGAACUACCCUGAUGGUGAGAUGGGAGGCCGCCUGGGGGCCCUGCUUGAUGCCAGCGCCCCCCCCCCGUCUGAAAGGGUGGCCCUCCUCUCUUCAGCUGUGCGACUGCCGCCACCGCCGUACCCCAUUCCCAGGAGUCUAAUGGCAUCUCUCCCUCAAGCGGAUUCCAGCAGGCUGAAGAUGUGCAGGGAAAGCACGCUCCUCGCCCCCUCGUCUGCCCACGUUGCUACUGGCAUUUCUUAUGUGAUUCCAUGCUUUUGUUUUUAUGCCCUAACGGGAUUUUCCUGGUGUGUAUUGGCUACUUUGGGGUCCAAAAUAAAAUAGUUGUCAUUGUGGUUUUGCUUAGCGGAUCUCCAGCUCAUCUUGGGGCGAGUCCUGUGAGAACCUGGCAUUAACUCAGCCAGCAGGACCACCAAAACAAUGUUGCAGUUGAUAAUUUUUGCUCUCAGGAAAGGAGCAUCUGAUCCUGCGGUCGGAUCAUGCCCUCCUAAAACUGCAGCUUG